UCGAGCAGUUUCGGAAGUGUCUUGUCGGUGGGCGCCACUCGUCCGUAAUUACGCCUCAGAAAUGUUGAAGAACUUUCAAGUGCUUGUCAGAGAAAUAAAUUAUUUAAAAAAAGCUCACAUUUUUAAUAAUGGAUUUGCACGAGAAAGACUCGUUAACUUCGUCGGCUGAUGGAGGCUCUUUGUCUCCUUCCGAAGGAGAUUUGUUCGAAGGUCCUUCGACAUCUGAAGAUUCAUUCUUGUCCAAACUUCUUCCACUUGAAUCUGUUAUUUGGUAUUGCAAUAAAGACAAAGACACUACAGCUGGAACUAAAACCAAACUCUACUUAGAUGUUCUAAAUAGAGCAACCUCAUCUAAUGAACCAGAAGAGUUUUAUAAGUUAAUGUUGCUAGCUGAAAAACUACACACAGAAAUAGGUUGUGAUAACUCAGUAAAGAUAUGGAAAAGAGUUAAACCCAUCUUAACCAUGUGCUCCCGAAUUGGUUUAAAUGAAAUAGCUCGUGAAAUCGCUCUUUACCUUUACAGCGAUCCGGAGAGUGUUUCUGCAUUUAUACAUGGUUUUAAUAGACUUCGCAUAUCAGAUCCAUUUCUGAAGCAGUUGAUACGUAAGAAGAGAGAUUCAUUGAUCUAACUGCCAACGUUGAAAUUUUAAUAGCUGGAGAGAGAGCUCAACGAGAUAAAACACUGAAAUUUGUCGAAUCAAGUAUUCCAUGUUUCAUCCAAUUUCUUGAAACUUCAAGAAACGAUUAAGACGACCGUAAUUAAGUUUUCUAAAUUAGAUUUUUGAAAAAUCUCAUGGUCCUUCAAUACUCAAUGUGCCUAUAACCCCAAAAUCAAUUGGAGGAGAGAAAGAAUGAAAAAAGACUGAUAACAAAUUAUGAUUGGGAGAUAUACUGAACUAUAUAUUAUAAAAGUUAAAUGAAAAAAUAGUUACUGCCACUCCUCCAUCUUCAAACAAACUCUUACUGGAUUACAUCCUAUGCACUGCUCAAAUACAAUCUGUAAUUCUCAACUGGGAUCAAACAACCUUAGAUAAGCUUCAAAAAUUGAAUAUAAAAACAUUUUGCUCUCAAAUCAGGAUCAGCAAGAGAUUUGUUGAAGAAAAUGUAUAUGAAAAUGGAGAAAUCAUCAAACUACAGGAUUUGUAAGAUUUAUUGAUUUAUUGGAAAAGAUAUGUAUAUGAUGAACUUAAGGAAAAAUUUUAUCAAAUGAUAAAAAUUUAAUUUAAUUUUGAUAUUUUUAAUUAAGUUUAGUUUUAUUAUUAAAUUUAGUUAUAAGUUAAUACUUGAAUAAGUUCAAUUUAAAAUACUUAAAUUUUGCUUAUUUUCUUUUUGCUUAUAUUUUAUAUAUUUUUCAUAUUUAAAUAGCAUUACGUUUUUUGAAGACUGACUUUUUUUAAGUUGUCAUAAGAUAUAAUUAAGAAUUUUAUGUUCCUUCUAUCUUUAAGAAUCUAAAUGAGGUUAACAAAAUAAUGUAGUUCGUUUUGUUAUAGAUCUCAGAAAAAAAGUUCAGAAGCUUCUCGAAACCAAAUAGACUUGUUAUUGUAUUUAAUAUAUUUUUAUAUUAUAUUUUUUUCAAUAAAAAGAAUAUAUUUUUCUUAAAAUAACAAAAAAAUAAAACUUCUCUCACAAGCCAGA